UUUUUUUAAGUUUCUGGGGAAAAAAAAAAAUGCUUUCGAGUAUUUUAUUUCGUUCAAUUUUUUACGUCGGUUAUCUACUGUGCUUUUCAAUUGCAAUUAUUAAAGCAACGCCAAUUAACAAACGUCAAUCGGUUAAUGAAACUAAACCCUGUCCAUUCGAUACGAUUAUCGUAUUUGGUGACUCCACUUGUGAUAAUGGAAACACGUGGCGUUUGUCUAAUUUUACGUAUCCUCCAAGUGACUAUUUUUAUAAAGGAAGAUUUAGCAACGGGCCAACUUGGGUUGAAUAUUUAGCGGAUUUUUGUCAUAUAAAAGAUAUAAAUUACGCUUAUGGUGGGGCCACAAGUGAUAAUCAGUUUGUUAAAGCCACAAGCGGUUUUCACAGUGAAUUAAUAGUGCCUGGAAUAAAGCAAGAAGUGAAUAAUAUAUAUUUAAAACAAAUAACUGCAAGUAAUAAUAGUAAACCUAAUUUCGAUAGAAUAUUAUAUAUUGUAGCACAUCAGGGGAACGAUUAUCUAAAUCAACCAUCUGUGAAUCCAAGGACAGUAGUAGGAAAUCUAUAUGAACAAUGGGAAGUAUUAGCGAAUUUUGGAGCAAAACAUAUCUUAAUUAAUAAAUUUUUUAACCUAAAAUAUUUACCGAGACCUCCAAAAAAUGGUAGACUAAAAUAUGUAAUUAAAAAUUUAUUGUCUAGAUUUAUAACAAGACUUCAUAAUGCUGCUAUAGAUUUUUAUGUUUGGUUGUUUAGAAUGAAACAUAAGAAUGUUAAAUUAUAUAUUUUACCAAUGGAUAAAAUUUGGGAAGAAUUUCAAAAACCUAGCGUUAAAAAAGAAUUAGGAAUAACUGAUUAUGAAAAUCCUUGUGUCGUGCGCGAAGAUAAAGGCAAUACCACCACUUAUACUGUGUGUUCAAAUCCAGGCCAACAUUUUUAUUGGGAUUAUAUUCAUCCCAGCACAAAAAUUCAUAGAUAUGUUGGGUACAAAACUUAUCAAAUCGUUACUGCAAAAACAGGAAAUUAAUUAGAAUAUCGUGUAAUUAAUUAUAGGUAAAUAAUAUUGUUAAAUUGAAUAAACCACCGUACUU